AUAACAUAACUACCAAAAUCCUCACUCUUUCUCUUCUCCCAUUCUGACACGCAAGAAAACGAUUAUGAACGACAUCAUCGCGUGUGCUGCUGCUGCAGCUAACUCUUCUCUUCCAACCUCUGUGUUGGGUGUUCUUCACUUUCUCCACUCCCGAGGAAGAUCCUCCUCUUGUGUUCACACUCCCUCUGAACUUCUAAGGGACUUUGCCACAAGAGAGUUCAAUGCGUUUCUGUGGCUAUGUCUCGUUGCUGUCACCACCCUUUUGCUCAGAAGACUCUUCAAUCUCUUUAGGCUGUGGCAUAGGGCCAAAACCAUUCCUGGGCCACCCUCUCCCUCUUUCUUUGGACACUGCAAGCUUUUUUCCCGGCAAAAUUUCACCUUCACUGACGUGUUGUCAGAAUCCCAUCAAAAGUAUGGACCUAUUGUUAAGCUGUGGUUAGGUCCUACUCAGCUGUUGGUGUCCGUUACGGAUCCAGCACUAAUUCAAGAGAUGCUUAUAAAGGCCAAGGAUAAGUUGCCUUUUACCGGAAAAGUGUUUCAUCUUGCCUUUGGGGAAUCAAGCCUCUUUGCCCCUUCCUUUGAAAAGGUGCAAAAGAGAAGGGAACUAUUGGCAAAUGAAUUACAUGAAAGAUUGUUGAAGAGUGACGAUGUGAUUCCUAUGAAGGUUGCAGACUUCAUAACAGAUAAAAUAGAAAACAUCAGAACCAAACGAGGUAUCAAUUCUAGGUUGGUUUCUCAGCAUAUGGCUUUCACAAUAAUGGGAGCCACAUUCUUUGGAGAUGGCUUCUUGGCUUCGCCAAAGGCUGCAAUAUAUGAGGAACUGUUUAUGAUGAUUGCUAAAGAUGCUUGCUUUUGGGCCUCCUAUAAUGUAACUCCUUUUUGGAGACAUGAAUUUUGGAGGUAUCAAUGCUUAUGCACAAAGUUGAAAUGCUUAACUCAAGACAUCCUUCAACAUUUUAGAAAAGGCUGCAAACUAUUUGGCCAAACUGACCAAGAUGUACGAAAUGAAAGUUCCAACAAAGAAACGAAGUCAGCAGAUGGUGCACAGUGCUGUUCUGAUGAUGACUUCCAAGAUUACUUUUUCUUUCGUGAUCUUAAGGAUCAUCAAGAUGGUAAAGAAGAACCUUGUGGGAACAUCAUGCGUGUGAUAUUUCAUGGAUGUCAAACUACAUCUGCUUUAAUCACCAAUGUAUUGACUAGGCUUGUCAUGCAUCUGGAAAUACAGGAUAAGGUUUAUUCGGAGAUUAGCAUUGUAGGAAGAAACCCAUCAAAAUAUGAGCAUGAAGAUGUUUAUAGGAUGCCUUUGUUAUUGGCUACAAUUUAUGAAUCUGCACGCCUUCUGCCCACUGGUCCAAUGCUGCAGAGGUGUUCUUUGAAACAUGACUUGUGCUUUGCAACUGGUUUAACCAUACCUGCUGGAGCUGUACUGGUUGUACCUGUCGAAUUGGUACACAAGGAUGACUCUAGUUGGGGGAGUGAUGCAAGUGAUUUUAAUCCUUACCAUUUUUUGUCAACGGGUACAAAAGGAUCAGGUUCUACUGAAGACCUUUCUAUUACAGGAGUCAGUUCAUGUGUACUAAAUGAUCCAAAUGAAAAUGCAGCAUUUCUUCCUUUUGGAUCUGGUACACGUGCUUGCAUUGGACAGAAAUUCAUCAUCCAACUUGUUGCCUCAGUGUUGGCAUCAUUGCUAAAAAAAUAUGAGUUACGGCUUAACUCGGGAUCAGAUGAGGACUCAAACACAACCUUGAAGAAUAAUCUUCAUCAGCAUCAUCCUAACUCACAGAUAUUAUUUGUGAAAAGGGACCAGUGAAAGAAAAGAAUCACAAGCAUACUAUGCAAAUAAAAUUGUUGGUUUAACUCAAGUCAACGGCACCGAAAAAUAUCAGCACCUUUCUUUUUAAUUUUCACUACACUCCUUCCAAGAUGAAUGGGGGAAGCUCUCCUCUGGCUCAUUGUAGUCAUUGGGAGGAUGGAUGUAACCUGAGUUUCUUAGCUCAAGUUAUUUUUCCUCCCAGUUUUUAAACAUUGCCCUAGUGUUGGCUUCAGGCCUUGACACAUCUUUUUGUUGGUGUUUUAAGCACUUUGGGUCUAUUGUUUGCCUAUGCAGCCUUGGGUUUUCCUUCCCCUUCUCUGGAUGUGGACCUCUUUCUUUUUUCUGUUGUUAUCAACUUUUUCACUUCUUGCAGGAAGUUUGUUUUUGUAUCCUGAUAUAGUCAAAACAAAAUGUACUUGGGUUGGAUAGUUAGUGUAUCUUAACUAUCAGAAUUUAUGCGGACCAUCUGUUUAGCCUAAAGGAAGGUUGACUAUAAUUAUAGAUGCUUUAUAUAUUGGCAUUUGAAUGAGAAAUGCUAUAUUAUGUA